CAAGUUUCUUCUAUAAAUACCCCCAGGAAGUCCACUUACAAUUCGCGCCUCCUCUGCCCCCCUCUUCUAAAACCUAUUUCUCUUGCCGCUGCCCUCCCUUCUCUUCUCUCAACCGCUUAAGGAAAGAUGGCGGGUCACAUUGUUGGAUAUCCUCGCAUGGGGCCAAAGAGAGAGCUUAAGUUUGCACUUGAAUCUUUUUGGGAUGGGAAGAGCACAGCUGAGGAUUUGCAGAAGGUUGCAGCCGAUCUCAGGUCUUCCAUUUGGAAGCAAAUGGCUGAUGCUGGGAUCAAGUAUAUUCCUAGCAACACUUUUUCGUAUUACGACCAAGUUCUGGAUACAACAGCUAUGCUUGGAGCUGUUCCACCUCGAUAUGGGUGGAACAGUGGUGAAAUUGGAUUUGAUAUCUACUUCUCUAUGGCCAGAGGAAAUGCUUCUCUUCCCGCUAUGGAGAUGACAAAGUGGUUUGACACCAACUACCAUUUCAUUGUCCCUGAGUUGGGUCCUGACACAAAGUUUAGCUACGCUUCUCACAAGGCCGUGUCCGAAUACAAGGAGGCAAAAGCGCUUGGAAUUGAAACAGUGCCAGUAGUUAUUGGUCCAGUCUCUUAUUUAUUACUCUCAAAACCUGCUAAAGGAGUAGAGAAAUCCUUUUCUCCUCUUUCUCUGUUGGGAAAGGUGCUACCAGUUUACAAGGAGGUGCUUGCUGAGUUGAAGGCAGCUGGUGCCUUGCAGAUUCAAUUUGAUGAGCCCACCCUUGUUAUGGAUCUUGGCUCUCACCAACUGCAAGCAUUUACCGAGGCCUACUCAGAACUAGAAUCUUCAUUUUCCGGUUUGAACGUCUUGGUUCAAACUUACUUCGCAGAUGUUCCUGAGGCGGCAUACAAGACCAUCACUUCCUUGAAUGGUGUUACUGGUUUUGGUUUUGACCUUGUUCGCGGCACUAAGACCCUUGACUUGAUUAAAAGUGGCUUCCCAUCUGGCAAACAUCUUUUUGCUGGAGUUGUUGACGGCAGGAACAUUUGGGCCAAUGAUCUCGCUUCCUCCCUAUGCACUCUUAAGGACCUUGAGGCUAUCGUGGGAAAAGGCAAGGUUGUGGUUUCCACCUCCUGCUCACUCAUGCACGCCCCUGUUGACCUUGUUAAUGAGACCAAGCUGGACAAUGAAAUCAAAUCUUGGUUGGCUUUUGCCGCACAGAAAGUUGUUGAAGUUAAUGCACUCGCCAGGGCAUUGGCUGGUGACAAGGACGAGGCUUUCUUCUCGGCAAAUGCGGCUGCUCAGUCCUCAAGAAAGUCAUCUCCCAGGGUCACUAACCAGGAAGUUCAGAAAGCUGCUGCUGCUCUGAGGGGUUCUGACCACCGUCGUGCUACUAAUGUUACUGCUAGAUUAGAUGCCCAACAGAAGAAGUUAAACCUUCCCAUUCUUCCUACUACCACCAUUGGUUCAUUCCCUCAGACAAUGGAUCUCAGAAGAGCACGCCGUGAAUACAAGGCUAACAAGAUCUCAGAAGAGGAGUAUGUGAACGCCAUGAGAGAGGAAAUCAGCAAAGUUGUCAAGCUGCAGGAAGAGCUUGACAUCGAUGUUCUUGUCCAUGGAGAGCCAGAGAGGAAUGACAUGGUCGAGUACUUCGGGGAGCAGCUUUCAGGCAUUACAUUCACUGUUAACGGUUGGGUGCAAUCAUAUGGGUCACGUUGUGUUAAGCCACCCAUCAUCUUUGGUGACGUUAGCCGUCCAAAGCCAAUGACUGUGUUCUGGUCCUCAAUGGCCCAGAGCAUGACCUCCCGACCGAUGAAAGCAAUGUUGACUGGUCCAGUUACCAUCCUCAACUGGUCUUUUGUUAGAAAUGAUCAACCAAGAUAUGAGACAUGCUAUCAAAUUGCUCUUGCUAUUAAGAACGAGGUUGAAGAUCUGGAAGCCGCUGGUAUUCAGGUUAUACAAAUUGACGAAGCUGCUCUUCGGGAGGGCUUGCCUCUUCGCAAGUCAGAGCAGGCUUUCUAUUUGGACUGGGCUGUUCACUCCUUCAGAAUCACCAACUGUGGUGUCCAAGACACUACACAGAUUCACACCCACAUGUGCUAUUCAAACUUCAACGACAUCAUUCACUCAAUCAUUGACAUGGAUGCUGAUGUGAUCACAAUCGAGAACUCCCGCUCCGACGAGAAGCUCCUGUCAGUGUUCCGUGAGGGAGUGAAGUAUGGUGCUGGAAUUGGCCCGGGUGUCUACGACAUCCAUUCUCCGAGGAUCCCAUCCACGGAAGAGAUUGCCGAUCGCAUCAACAAAAUGCUUGCAGUGCUUGAGAUGAACAUUCUCUGGGUGAACCCUGACUGUGGGCUGAAAACCCGGAAAUACGCCGAGGUCAAGCCUGCCCUCACCAACAUGGUUGAAGCUGCCAAGCUUCUCCGCAAGCAGCUCGCCAGUGCCAAAUAAACUCGGCACUCUAGAUUUAUCCUUCUGAUCCUCAUCAGUUUUUAGCUAGAAAACCAAAAUCAUUUAAUAAGAUAUUCAUCAGCGUCGCGCUAGCAUUGUCAAAUAUGUUUGUGUCGGCAAUUUCAUGCCUGUCAUUGUUUUCGCUUUGUGUCGGCAAUUUCAUACCUGCCAUUGUUUUCUCUUUGAGCUGUUUUAUGUACUUUGAUCAAUUUGAAUGGUGAAGAAAGAAGUAUUUUGUUGCAUUUGCAUCAA